AUGUUUACACCUUGCUAAUAUGUAUAUUCUUUUCCCCUGCAGGAUUUGGAGAACGAUUACUCCUGUACAUGUCCUCAGGGAUUCUAUGGGAAGAACUGUGAGAUCAUUGCGAUGACGUGUGCGGAUGACCCCUGCUUUAACGGAGGGACAUGUGAGGAAAAAAUAACUGGUGGCUAUGUCUGCCGCUGCCCCCUAGCCUUUACCGGAUCCAACUGUGAGAAGAGACUGGACCGCUGCAGCCACAAACCUUGUGCCAAUGGCGGUGAGUGUGUGGAUCUGGGCGCUAGUGCUCUGUGCCGCUGUCGCCCUGGUUUCACUGGCUCUCGCUGUGAGAUGAACAUCGACGACUGUGCCCGCUAUCCGUGUCAAAAUGCCGGAACCUGCCAAGACGGCAUUAACGACUACACUUGCACCUGUAUGCUAGGUUUCACCGGUAAAAACUGCAGCCUACGAGCAGACGCUUGUCUCACAAACUCAUGCCUCCACGGAGGAACGUGCUACACACACUUCUCUGAGCCAGUGUGUCAGUGUGUGCCUGGGUUCAUGGGCCCAAACUGCGAGUUUCAUGUGCAGGGAAGUAUGGAGCUGAUGGCCCCCCGGGUUGGUCGGAGCUCACCUUCAGCAGUGGCGGUGUCAUGUGUGUUAGGUGUGAUGGCCUUGUUUUUGGGAGUGUGUGUGGGACUGGUGGUGAUCAGGAGGAGAAGGCAUAGACUGCGUAGACAGCAGCUGUGUGAGUCUGUGUUUAAUGAUUUGGAGACGGUGAAUAAUUUAGACAGGCAGCACUAUCCCUAUGACAGAGACUUCGGUCAGGUGAAACCCUGCAACACUGAGGGCAGAAUCUCUUUGGUGGCUUCUCACACGCUGCCUGCUGGGCAGGACUUCCUGUGGAGUGCUGGAGGAGGACUUAGAUAAGGCAACACACACUUGUACACUCAUACACUCAGUGUAGACACAAAUGUAGACACGUAAGCAUAUACACAGACACACAAACUCACAUGCAGGGAUAAGAAUUUGGAUAUAGCACUUGCUUUUGUCUUAAUUAUUAUGAAUGAAUGAAUGCUUGAAUGAAUGAAUGAAUUAAGGAUGUAAUGACUGAAUAAGGGAUUGGACCUUUGCCAUCUGUAUAGGUGGAAGACUCUGUAAACCAAAAGAAAUAAACAAGCACAUCAUUGUGUGCUGGGCUUUGUGGAUCUGUGUUUCCAUAUAAAGACAGACACAAGCCCUGAAAGCUGAAACAGACUUAGGGUGCAGAACUCUAUAUGCAGAGAACUGAUAUCUUUAUACAAAGAUAAAGAAGUGAAAAUAACUCUAUACAAAGAGAACUAAGUAAGGAAAUACCUCUAUUGAAAGAGAAGUAGGUAAAUUAUACUGAAGAGCAUAAGGAUUAGGUCUUCUCUAGUCAAACUCUGUAUAGACUUUUCUCUCAUAAGGAUGAGACUAUCACCUUUGCUUAUUUGCCAGGAUGUUGCCAGCAACAGGUGUUUUAAUAAAAAAAUAAAAUAAAAUAAAAUUGUGUAGAGAAAGGAAGCAAGCAACAGUCAGGUAUAUGAUUGAACUAUGUUCUUUAGACCAAAUGGUAAGAUUUUGCUCCAGUUUUGUAUUGCGUAUUAAGCAGUGUGUUUUCUUCCUCGACUGGUAUGGGGAAAUCAGAUUUUCUUCAAUGGGGUUUAUGUCUAAUGAAUGUUUAUUUCUUUUAACCAGAUGUUUCCUAUUAAUUUAAUCCUAAAUUUAUGCCUAAGUUUCUAUUUUGCAUUUUUG